CCGGCGCGCACUGCUUACUACAUACGUACGUACAUGAUACAUGCUGAGCUGCACAAGACGACCAUUCCUGCUGCCCGCGUUGCCCCAACUUCAACCUUGGAACCUGCCCACCUGCUGUCAUCUUUCCUGGCAUCGAGCGUCAAGCGUCCAGCCUUCCCCUCCGCGCCAAUUGGAACUUGCACUCGCCGCUUCGCACACUUGCACACCCCGCCGUAGCCCCCCGACGUCAUCACACCUAGGCCCCAUCUUCCUCCCAACACCGCCACCCCCCUUGCGUUUGUCCAGACAUCCUUUUGCUCAAAACUUAUUGCUGCUUCUCAAGCCUCGCUUAUCUCAGCUCCUAACACACCCCCGCCCUCCCCUUUCUCCACCCGCACCCAUCCUCGUUGCCGCCACCCGGUAAACAAGCGCCGUCGCAAUCACUCAAGCUGGCUGGCAACAGGCGCCGGAGCGCCCAGGGCGGCUUGCUCUCGAAGAUGUUCGGGAAUGCAAAAGACGACGAAGGCGCCGCCAUCGAUGCCCCUGCAAACAACGACGCGCCCAGGCCGGCGGCUGCUUCGACGGCCGACAACGCCGCCUCUGGCACACACGGCGCGAGCAAUGGUGCCACUGCUGAUCGCAAGGGCAGCGACUCUGCUGCUCCACCCGAGCGGAAACGAAGGAGCAGUGGCGUAUCGCGUGCCCGCGACAUGUUCUCGAGCGCGAAGCAAUCGUUGCACAUUGGCGGCUCCUCCCCCACCUCAACCUCGUCUGCCAACACCGCCCACAUGUCGGAGAAGUCAGCUACCCAAACUCCAAUGCAGAAGCUGGGCAAGUCGGACGCUGCUCUCAGCGUGCCCCAGGGCUCGCUCAACAACUCUGCCGGCGAGUCCGCACCGGGUCCACGGUCCACGUUCCGCGUCGGUGUCACCGAGGACAAGAACAAGAAGUGCAGACGGACUAUGGAGGAUACACAUGCAUACCUAUACAACUUCCUCAGCACUCCGGCCCCCUCGUAUGGCACGGACAAGCCCCGCGCUGUCUCGGAUGCGAGCUCGGCCCAGUCUGAUCUACCGCAGGCUGUGGUCGAGAGCGAUAAUGGCUACUUUGCCAUCUUCGACGGCCAUGCUGGUACUUUUGCCGCCGACUGGUGUGGGAAGAAGCUUCACCUGAUCCUGGAAGAGACGAUUCGAAAGAAUCCCAACACACCGAUACCCGAACUUCUUGACCAGACCUUUACCGUAGUCGACCAGCAGCUGGAGAAGCUUCCUUUGAAGAAUAGUGGUUGCACUGCUGUGAUUGCAGUUUUGCGAUGGGAGGAUCGGGUGCCCAACGCACAAUCGUCCACCGGUUCCGUCCUCUUUGCACCAGCGGCAGUGUCAGCUAUCAAGCAAGCUGGUGAAGGCGGCGAGUCCAAGGACGGUGCCGACGCCGUUACCUCUGAGCCUGCAGCUGAACAAGUGGAAGCAAAACUACGAAGUGAGGCUACUCGGCAACGCGUAUUGUACACGGCGAACGUGGGCGACGCGCGCAUUGUCCUUUGCCGGAAUGGCCGAGCUCUUCGCCUUUCAUAUGACCACAAGGGCAGUGACGAGAACGAAGGACGUCGAGUUGCUAGCGCUGGUGGUUUGAUCCUCAACAACCGCGUCAAUGGCGUCCUCGCUGUCACUCGUGCGCUGGGCGAUGCAUACAUGAAAGACCUGGUGACUGGACACCCUUACACCACAGAGACAGUCAUCCAGGCCGACCAGGACGAAUUCCUUAUCCUCGCUUGCGAUGGUCUCUGGGACGUCUGUUCCGACCAAGAAGCCGUCGAUCUCAUACGUCAAAUCCAUGAUCCUCAAGAAGCCUCAAAGAAGCUCGUCGAUUAUGCUCUUGCCCGCUUCUCCACUGACAACCUGUCGUGUAUGGUUGUGCGGUUCGACAACAAAGCCCUCCGCCAGCGCAAGAACGAGGCCACGACAAGUUUAGACCAAGAGCAGGCAGCUAUCAAGGGCGGUAUCACUGAAGCAGACUCAAUUGUAGCGCAGGCAAGAAAGUCGAUUGGCGAGCCAGAGACAUCGGUCGAGCAUGCGGCAAAGGAGAUUAUCAUGGAGGAAACCGAGGCUGAGCCUGGCCCUGAGCUGAGUCUCGAAGCCGCCAAAGCCGCGAGGAAAAACGAUGUAUAGUUAGGAUGAGAAAGGGUCCACUGCAUGUAAUUCAUAGUUCAAGGGGUGGGGGAGGCGCCUCAUAUGCGAGUGGAGAGGCGCAUAGCAAUGAUGAGGAAGUGAUGUAUAGUUUGUAGGCAUGCUUGUGCAUGUUGUGUACUUGGUCUGUAUGCAUUUCCUAGAGUGUGCGCCACGUCUGAACUGGGUGCUUUGGAUCUUGAAUCAAGCAAAAAGUCGAGACAAUGUAUUUGGGGUCUGAAACUUGUGCUGUGGCACUCAUAGACGUUGGUUUGCCCCGCAUGUUUGCGCAU